AUGUCAGGAUAUCUUUGGGGUAUUGGGCAACUCGUCAAUGAUCCUUCAGCACAUUUAAUUGAUGCUAUACAAAAACAUAUUUUGAAGAAACAAACAACAGUGUGCAAUGCCUCUACCACAAACAACUCUCAUGGAAAACCGCUAAAUAUUAUACAGAGUUCAACUAAUAUAUCUAAUAUUAACAAAGACUCUGGAUGUAGACUAUCUGAUUCAUGCAGUAGGAAAGUAUGCGACAAAGAAACCAGAACAACAAGCACCCAAGUGGGAAACAGUUCUGUAAAACGUAGACAUGUCUCUACUCAGUGCCAAGGAUUAACAAAAAAACAUAGUCAAACGACGAGCACUAGACACAUUGAUUACUUAGAUUGUAGUACCGUUAUAUCAAAUGCUAACGUGAAGAAAGAAUCAGAAGUCAAAGAGGCCCAAACUAAUACAAUGAACCUCAGAGUCUGCAGACGGCAUCGCCAAGCGUUUAAAGUUUUGAGUAAUUGCUCAGCAAUCAGUGAGUUGCAGUCCAAUAAAAGCACACAACUUGAUAUACUAAAGAAAUUGAAAAAUAGAAUCAGUAACGUUUUCAGUUUUUUAUCAUUGGAUAAAAUUGAAAACAUACCUCGUUAUAAGUCUGAAGAGCAAUAUUUCUUCAAACUUUAUAAAACUUUGAGUUGUGAAAAUAUAAGAAAGGUUUCUCGCAAACCCAGUAACAAUUGUGAUUGA